AUGGCUCAGAUCCAGACCCACUCCGCCGCGCAAGGCUCGCGCAGCCCAGCUGUCACACUCCUCACGCUACCUCCUGAGCUGAGGCUCGAAAUUUACGACCACAUCCUAGGCAACGAAGACCAUUCCCGCCAUGACUUUCCUCUCGCCCACAUGAGAGAAUGGGUUACCAUUCCCCGGGAGGAGCACCACGUGUCAGAGCAAAAAGCAAAAUCUUACAGCUGGAUUUUGUCGCACCCCAGAAUCUACCACGAGAGCUUCCACUACAUCCACAGGACCCACCGGAUGAUAUUCUUCGAUCUCACCCACUUCGAAGAAUGCUAUCCUCUCUUACACGGCGUCAAUACGAUCAAGUUUGAGCUUCAAAAUGUCGAUGAACGGCAGAUGAGGCGGGUUUGGCGCUUGCUCGCGGGACUUUCCAAUUUGAAAUACAUGUGGAUCGCAUCGACCCGGCAAGCUCACCGCUUGAUUCGGAUUCCGAAUUUUCUUGAUCAUCUCGAAAUCGAGGUGACGCGUAUCCUUGCAAAGAGAGCGGGACAGAAGAGGAAGGAAGCACCUCUUUCCAGCGAAAUCAGACGACAGAACGUGACGAAGACAUCGAAGAGGAAGAAUGACCAGCGCUCGCGGCGGAAACGGCUCGUAAUGGAAAAUAUAGAGGCUAAAAUGUCGAGUCUGACGGAUACUCAACUCGCGCAAGCUAUGAACAGCCUCAUGCACCUCUGA